AUGAAAUUAUUGGUAAAAUUAUUGGAAAACAAGUCUCAUCUAUGCAUAUUUGGUAUUACAUCUAGACGAAUGCUCUCACAGUCUAUUGCAGUAUAUUCCAGAUAUGAUCCAAGAGUAUUUCGGGAACCAAUCGUAGAUUUGGAACAGCUUAAUCAACCGCUGGAUCCAGACGAUGAUCGCCGGUACUGCUACAUAAAAGCAAUGACUAGUGUUCAGACACCAGUAUUUUAUCGAAAUGCCGUGAUAGAUAGGUUGAUUAAUGUGUGUAUGCUACGUGGAAUGAAAGAAAAAAUGCGGAAAAUUGUUUUGGAAGCACUAGAAAUAAUAAAAAGACGUCAGUACAUUUUGUGGAGAGAUGCCAGCGAUGAAAAGAAAGAGAAAAUAGAGCUUGAUCCGGUAGUAAUUGCUGAAAAAGCUAUUAAGAAUUGCUGCCCUAUCAUGAUUUUACGUCCAUUUAUUCGUGGUGGACAAACUUACAUGGUACCAUGUCCGAUAUCAGAUCACCACGCUGAGUUCCGAGCAAUGAAAAUGAUGCGUGAUAUCUGCCGACAGAAAACCUUUCACGGUGCUACUCAUUUUCAACAUAUAUUAGCUGAUGAGUUGCUUUCUGCUUACAAAAACGAAGGUUUAACUGUGCAAGCAAAGCAGGAAUUGCACAAGCAGUGUGAAGCAAAUCGAGCUUAUGUUCAUUAUAGGAGACAAUAA